UCAAAUGCUCUCAAGUACAGUGUUGUAGUGGUCGAUUUAAAAGCUUCUCUGUCGGUAGUAGUGCUACUGAAACCCAAAACCCCGCAAUGGCUACAAUAAUAUCUACCACUUUUCUUCUACUUCUCUUCUUUGCUAGAAUAGCAGCACUUUUUGUUGCAAUAUUGGUGCUCUUUUGGGCUUUAUCCUUUAAGUCCAGUUUUCUCCCUCACACUGCUUCCCAAGAGGACCUCAUCUACUCGGCUCUUCAUCCUUUGUUGAUGGUCAUUGGUUUCAUUCUUAUUAGUGGAGAAGCAAUUUUGAUUCAUAGAUGGUUGCCUGGUACAAAGAGUUUGAAGAAAUCAGUGCAUUUAUGUCUUCAAGGGGUGGCUUUGGCUUGUGGCAUUUUUGGGAUUUGGACAAAGUUUCAUGGGGAGAAUGGGGUUGUGGCUAAUUUCUACAGUCUACAUUCUUGGAUGGGCUUGAUCUGCAUGUCUUUGUUUGGUUUUCAGUGGAUGAUGGGUUUCCUGAGCUUUUGGCACAGAGGAGAGUUGAGAAGAGCAAGGGCAAGAGUGUUACCAUGGCACAUAUUUGUUGGGCUCUACACGUAUGGUUUGGCAGUGGCCACAGCAGAAACUGGGCUUUUAGAGAAGCUGACAUUUCUACAAACAAAUAGGAAUUUGUCCAAAAGAUGUCCCGAGUCCAUGCUUGUCAAUGGGUUGGGCCUGGGCCUGGCACUGCUCAGUGGCAUUGUUAUUUCGGCUGCAAUUUCGCCAAAAUACCAAACCCUUCAAUCCAAACUCGUGUACUCAGAUAGUAAAUCCCUGUCUUCUUUGUGAUUUUUUUUCCCUCUAUUGUUCUACAUAUUCUGCAUUUUAUGGGGUUUGGUGUGUAUAUACACUGUCCUAGAUUUUGGGAAUAAAGAGAAAAUGUGGUUAUGUA